UGAUGAUGAUGGGUGAUUUUCACUGACAAAUCGAUGAGUCGGCAACACGGAAGUGACGUUUGAUGCCAUGCCAUUGGUUGUUUCUUUGGUGACACAUUUAAAAUCCAUUUGUCUACUCUCUUUAGCUACGGAUAUUGUUGAAUCCCUACCGAUGGAUGGUUACAGUUUAUCUAUGCCUGGCCCUCACUCACCGGACUACCAUGCCUCCCCAAUGUCAGAACUCGCCAACUGCUUUACGGGACUCCGCGCCUUUCACACAGGUGACACUCCUCGGAGAUGUCUGGACCUGUCCAACCUCAGCAGUGGGAGUGUAGAAGAUGCUGCUGCACAGGGAUCACCACACAAAGACAAGCCUACUUCUCCAGUGGCCUUGGACUCUCCUGCACCAAGUCGCAUGAAGACGUUGCGGUCCUUCCUGCCCAGAUUGCUGUGUAGCAGUCCAAAGCUUCACCCCAGUGAACGUCCAUUCAGUAACAAGGAGAAUGUGGCCCCAGGGCAGAGAGCGCAAGGCAAGCCAGAGUGUUUGCUGCCUGCUCCAGACUCCCAGCUCCAAGGUGACGGUGAGCCCUGUGCCCUGGGGAGCCCCAUCUUCCCUGCACCUCCCUCCCGAACCCAGCACUCCCCAGGGGAUGCAGAUGGAUUCAUGGAAAUCCUGGAGCAGGAAACUGAUGAGGGUUCUAUUGCUGUUGCCAUGUCAUGUAGCAUGGCACAGUUGCUGUCUGAUCCCCUCAUGAACCAGGAAGUGGAUCUCUCCUCUGUUUCAGUGUGUCGCCAGGGGGGACGCCGUCUCUUCCGAUCCCCUUCCAUGCCAGAGCGGUUGGCACGUCCACUGAAACGCUCCUCCACCUCCCCCUCCCCAGCCAACCCCCGGCCAAUCAAACGACACUGCACCUUCUCCGCCGUCUCAGAGGAGGUGGGCCAGGGAGAGGGAGACCAAGGGGCUGGAAUCAACAUUGAUAGGAAGCACCACCUGCAUAAGAGGACCCACUCUUUGUGUGAUGUGGAGCAGCAGCUGGGUGGGGAUGGGAUCAAUGCAGAACUCAUUGGAGACUUCAGCAAGGUGCAUGCCCUACCCACUGUGACAGGAAGACAUCAAGGCUUGAAGUACAUCACGGUUGACACAAUGAGUGCUCUUCUGGAAGGGAAGUUCAGCUGUUUGGUUGAGUCUUUUGUUGUGGUGGACUGCCGCUACCCAUAUGAGUAUCAGGGAGGACACAUUAAGGGGGCGCUGAGCCUUCCCAACACAGACAAGGCAGUGGAUCAAUUGCUAUCCCAGAGGCUAAAAGCCCACUCUCCUGAUAAGAGGCUUGUGCUAGUGCUGCACUGUGAAUUCUCCUCUGAAAGAGCACCCAGAACGUGUCACCUCCUGCGCAGUGUGGACCGCAGUAUGAACGAGUACCCAGCCCUGCACUACCCUGAGCUCUAUGUCCUCAAGGGUGGCUACAGAGACUUUUACCACUCUCACCAGGAGCACUGUGAGCCCCAGGCCUACUGCCCAAUGCACCACGAGGACCACAGAGAGGAGCUUCUGCGGUGCCGCACACACAGCAGAGCCUUGGCAGAGGAGCGCCGCAGACGCCACCACAUUCAAACUCUCGUCAAACUCUGAGGCAGUCAUGUUGGGGG